AUGAUUGAUGCCAAAGAUUUUCAACUUUAUGCUAAUACACAUAUUCAACAUAGAUGGAAUCGAAUAUAUAAUCCAAUUUUGCUUAUUUGUUGGUCACUUCAUCUGAGAUAUGUUCUUACAAAAACUAUUCGUUCAGAACUUAUAACUAUUAUAAAAAAAGAAUCAAGUAUUUUAUUUGAAAGCUUAUUUUCUGAUAAAGAUAUUAGAAAAUUUUAUAUGCAAUUAAUUGAUUGGAAUAACAAAGCAUAUCCUUUUGAUUUCGAAGGUAAUUGGGAUGAAUAUUUGUCAGUUAUAUCAAAUAUUCAUUCUUUGCGAUGUAACAAAUUAACCAAUAGACGUGCAAGCAAAUUAACUUGUAUUCGUUGGCACAUGAUUCAAGAUGAAAAUAUUAAAAAUCAUGAUGCUAAAAAGUCUCAAGCUAUUCAACAAUUUAACAAUAAUGAAAAUGAAAAUGCUGAUAAUGAAUUAUUUGAUCUAGAAAAUGAAGAUGAGUUUUAUAAUUUAGAACAAUUAGAAAAUCUGGAAGAAAACAUAAUGAAACCAAUUGACAAUAUCGAAGAGUUUAAUGCUAAUGAUGAAAUUAUUUACAACGAAGCAACUAGUGAAUAUAGUACUCAAUCUUUAUCUCAAGUCAACUUUCAGUAUAAAAAUACUUUAGAAAAUUGGUUUCUUCUUGAAAAAUUUGACAGCAUUUUGCUUUAA